ACAAGUAUAAAAACCUUUAGUCAGCGGCAAACAGUAUCACUUCACCACCAGUAGUUCUCCCAAUCAAAGCAAAUCAAAACCAAAAACAAAACAUGUUUAAGAUAACUCUCCUGAUUGCCUGCUUGUCUGUGGUUGUAUCUGCUCAUUACUAUGGUGGAGAACACAGCCACCAUGAGGAUCAUCAUCAUUCCCAUCCGAAAUACAAGUUUGAGUAUGGCGUCAAGGAUGGACACACCAAGGACCAUAAGAGCCAGUGGGAACACCGUGAUGGCGAUCUGGUGAAAGGUCAGUACACUCUGGAUGAAGCCGAUGGAACUCAUCGUGUUGUUGACUAUACUUCGGACCAUAAGACCGGAUUCCAGGCUCAUAUUCUGCGAAAGGGACACGCUCAUCACCCGCAUGGGGAGAGUUACGUUAAAAUCGAUCAGCAUUACUGA